AUGCCUCGGGGUCGAAAGAGUAAGCUCCGAGCCCGGGAGAAACGCCGCCAGGCCCAAAGUGAGACCCAGGAUCUUCAGGGUGCUCAGGCCACUGCACCAGAGGAAAAGUCCCCUUCCUCUUCCUCUCCUGUUUUGGGGGUCACUCCCCCUGGCUCCCCUGCUGAUGGCAUUCCCCAGAAGCCUCAGGGAGCCCCCCACACUCCCACUGCUGCUGUGGGUGUUUCCCGCAAGAGAUCUGAUAAAGGUGCCAAGGGCAAAGGUGAGGGAAGAAAAAAUUCCUCCCAGGCCUCAACCUCCACUGAGAGCUCACACCAUGAUCUUCUAACCAGGAAGGCAGGAACGCUGAUGCAGUUCCUGCUGUACAAGUAUAAAAUGAAAGAGCCCAUUAUGAAGGCAGAGAUGCUAAAGGUUGUCCACAAAAGGUACAGGGAGCAAUUCCCUGAGAUCCUCAAGAGAGCCUCUAGGCACAUGGAGCUGGUCUUUGGCCUUGACCUGAAGGAAGUCAACCCCAGAAAUCACUCCUAUACCCUUGUUAGUAAGCUAAAUCCCAACGAUGAUGGGAGCCUGAGUGGUUCCUCGGGCUUUCCCAGGAAUGGGCUUCUAAUGCCUCUGCUGGGUGUGAUCUUCUUCAGUGGCAAUUGCGCCUCCGAGGAAGAGAUGUGGGAAUUCCUGAAUCUGUUGGGAGUCUAUGAUGGGAAGAGGCACUUCAUCUUUGGGGAUGCCAGGAAGCUCAUCACCCAAGAUCUGGUGAAGGAAAGGUACCUGGAGUACCAGCAGGUGCCCAACAGUGAUCCUCCACGCUAUCAGUUCCUGUGGGGUCCAAGAGCCCAUGCUGAAACCAGCAAGAUGAAAGUCCUGGAGUUUUUGGCCCAAUUUAAUAAUACCAGCCCUAGUGCCUUCCCAUUCCAUUAUGAAGAGGCUUUGAGAGAUGAGAAAGAAAAAGCCUCAGCCAGAGCUGCAGCCAUGCAUGGCACUUCUGCCAAGGGCAGUACAUGUUCUAGGCCUACAUCUGACAGCUCCUCCUGCCCCAGUGACGUGUGAGGCAGAUUCUGUUAUUGAAGAGGGCUUCCAAUCUCUUAAGUAGGGAGAGGCUGAGAUGGGGCCAAAGAGAUCAUAAUAUAUAUCUUCUUGUUCUUGUUUUACAUUAGUAUCUUUCAAAUACUGUUAUUUUAGUAGAAUUUUUUUUUUAGAUUCAGAGUCUGUGUUUAUGAAUGAUACAGAUCACACAUUUAUUGCUGUUAUCAGGUUUUGAAGAGUUUAGAUAUUCUGUAAUUUUGAAAAUCUUUGAAUCUUCUUGGGGUUCAAGAAAAAGAAAAUUUAUGGCUUUGGAAUGGGGAUUUUAUUGGAAAUGUGUAAAAGAACCCCACUAAAUGUAAUUGGAGUCUUAAAAUAGAGGGAAACAAAGCAAAAUAUAGUCAAUUUUUUGUUUGCACUAUUCACUUUUGUCUAUCUUUUUGUAAAACUCAAAGAUAUAUAUCUG